CGGCACUGCAGCGUCAUUUUCGUCUUGCUUCGCGAAUCGAACAGAAGGUUUAUUUCGGUAGUGCCGCGAACUGUUUCGCCAUCUUUAUAUACAUUUUUUACUGUAAUAAACGCUUAGUAAAACAUGUCUCAUGGUCGCAAUGAGUGCCGAAUCUAUGUUGGAAACCUGCCACCAGAUAUACGCACUAAGGAUAUCCAGGAUCUGUUUCACAAGUUCGGUAAAGUUACCUUCGUUGACUUGAAAAACCGUCGCGGGCCGCCAUUUGCUUUUGUAGAGUUCGAAGAUGCCCGUGAUGCUGACGAUGCCGUGAAGGCUCGCGAUGGCUACGACUACGACGGUUACCGAUUGCGGGUGGAGUUUCCUCGCGGCGGUGGACCCGGUAGAUACAGCAGCAGCAGUCGAGGUAAUAGCGAGCGCGGCGGAGGGGGAGGCACACGAGACCGGGGAAAUCGCGGUCCUCCGGCUAGAAGAUCCCAGUUUCGCGUCAUGGUUACGGGAUUGCCUGCUUCCGGCUCGUGGCAAGACCUGAAGGACCAUAUGCGAGAGGCCGGCGAUGUUUGCUUCGCCGAUGUGUACAAAGAUGGAACCGGAGUAGUGGAGUUCCUGCGCCAUGAAGAUAUGAAGUAUGCCAUAAAAAAAUUGGACGAUUCUAGGUUCCGGUCACAUGAGGGAGAGGUAGCGUACAUUCGAGUGCGAGAAGAUUCUACCAAUAAUGACGAUAGAAGGGGCGGAGAAUAUCGUGACCGAUCAUAUUCCCCGCGCCGGCGUCGUGGAACACCAACUUAUUCACCGGUACAACGCAGUUUCUCACGAUCGCGCUCCCGUUCGUUCAACUAUUAGACACUAGUUCAGACGAUGAGCAAAGCCUGGACGGAUCCCCUUUCAUGUGGAUUCCAAGUAAUUUGAUACAUACUUUCCCUUUGUUUCCAACAAACUUGCGCAGCAAUGCGCUAUCUUUCAAAACUUCUUUUGUCAGAAAUUGCGACACACAUGCAAUCUAGCUGGGCCGGAAAAUUUGCAAACAUGCAAAUGCGGUUGUCCUUUUGUAAAUGUAGGCGUAUUUUAUUCGUUUUAGUACAUUCCUCGAGAAGGUAAAGCACAUUACGUGACAGGGCAAAAACAAAACUAAAACAACUAUCAAUCAUUUUAGUCGUAGAAUUUUAUGAUAAAACUGUAUGGAACACAGGAUGUAAUAGAAAAAAUAAGUGCUUCAACAAUCUAACGGAUUCGUUAUGGAAUCAAAUAAUUUUAGUUUUCGUCAAUCAUACAGACUAUAUACUGAAAAAAAAGCAAAAUCAAA